AUAAAAAUUGAAAUGGCUAAUAUUUUCUCACCAAAUUUUAUUGUGAAAAGACUUUUUUCUGGUGCUCCAAGUAAAAUUCGGGCCCAUAAAUAUGUGCUUACAAAAUAUUUUCAAGGAGAACCUAAAAUAAGUGAUUUCAAGAUAGUGGAAGAAACACUUCCGGAUUUAAAAAGUGGAGAAAUAUUGACGGAAGCAGAAUAUCUCAGUGUGGAUCCAUAUAUGCGAGCUUAUAUGAUUGGAUACAAAUUACCCACUGAUAUGAUAGGUGGACAAGUUGCAAAGGUGAUCGAGAGUCGCAAUGAAAAUAUUCCAGUAGGAAGUUACGUGACUGGUGCGUUAGGAUGGCGUACUCAUACUAUAGUGGACCCUAACAAAUUGAGUUCGAUGGGCAUGUUACCAUUAACAAUCGUACCAGAUAUAAGACCACAUCCAGUUUCUCUAGCAUUAGGUGUUCUUGGAAUGCCUGGAAAUACAGCCUACUUUGGCUUAAAAGAAAUAUGCAAACCAAAAGAAGGAGAAACUAUUGCAAUAACUGGUGCUGCUGGAGCAGUUGGUUCACAUGUCGGACAGAUCGGUAAACUUUUAGGUUGUCGUAUAAUAGGAUUUGCUGGUACGGAUGACAAAUGCGAGUAUUUAGAGAAAGAAUUAGGUUUUGAUCGAGUUUUUAAUUAUAAGACGUGCAAAAUAAGUGCUGCCCUAAAAGAAGGUGCUCCAAAUCGUGUUGACUGCUAUUUCGAUAAUGCACGUAUAUUUAAAUACUAAUAUUUCUUUUUAAUUUUGACUAAGUAAUAGAUUUUGAAUAAUAGAUUUUUCAAGCCGAAUGAAAUAUAACCGACUGAGCUUUAAAAAUAAAUAUUACAGGUUGGAGGUGAAAUAAGUACAAAAAUAAUGAACCAUAUGAACAAAUUCGGUAGAGUUGCUGUUUGUGGAUCGAUUUCAUCUUACAAUGAUUUGAAAUUGCCUAAAGUUACAAUAGUGCAGCCCGCAAUCGUUUUCAAAGAACUUAAACUCGAAGGAUUUUUGGUCAAUCGUUGGAACGAUCGCUGGAACGAGGGCGUAAAUAUGAACUUAAAAUGGCUCAAUGAAGGGAAAAUUAAGUACCAAGAGAAAGUUUAUUAUGGGUUUGAAAACAUGGUGGACGCUUUAGUUGGAAUGUUAAGGGGAGAAAAUACUGGAAAAGCAGUCGUGAAAGUAAAGUAAAGGUUAUAAACCUUUCCGUAUAAAGAAAAGUAAUCGGAAAAACUA